AUGGAUGUGCCAAGCCCUCAACCAUCUCCUGCGGGAAACAACUUGCCGUCGCCCAAUGUCAGGAGCUCGAACACGUUAUCGUCUCAGGUAACCUCUGUCCUUUCAACAUCCUUCUCCGAUGCAGAUUUUGGCCAGGCUUUAGCGUUGUUUGAUCAACAAAAUCUCAGCAACGACGGCAAAACGAGGCGCAAUAUCAAGUUAUCUUUACAGAAGGAUGUCAUGGACUAUAACGGUCUCAUAGUUGACAGAUUUGGAUGCGUGGCAGAGCAACUAAAUCGUGUCAAUACCAUACUCAAAGGCUUGAAUGCGGACUUUGAAGAGAUGAGAUCACGGGUAGAGCGGGCUCAAGAAGGGACGUCAGCAGCGCUUCACGAGGCAACCAGUAUGUUGAGGAAUCAAGAGACUCUCCUCGUAAAGCAGCGAGUUCUAUCAUUGUUCAAAGACCGGUUCAUCUUGACCGAAGAUGAGGAAGUGGCAUUGACCUCUACUGCUGAACCUGUUGAUGGACGAUUCUUUGCGACGCUCUCCAAAGCCAAGCGGAUUGCCAAAGAUUGUGAGCUGCUACUGGGCCUCGAGAAACAAACAUUCGGCCUUGAUCUGAUGGAGCAAACAACCAAGAACCUUAACCUUGGGUUUCAAAAACUGUACAAGUGGAUUCAACGAGAGUUCAAAACACUCAAUCUGGAGAAUCCUCAAAUGAGUUCAUCAAUCCGGCAAGCUCUUCGUGUCCUUGCGGAGCGACCAUCACUCUUUCAGAAAUGCCUCGAUUUUUUUUCCGAGGCAAGAGAGCGUAUACUCUCCGAAGCGUUCCACCUCGCUUUGACAGGGGCGGCGGCCUCCGACAUGGAUGAGCCUUCCAUCAAACCGAUCGACUUGGCAGCUCAUGAUGCGCUUCGAUACGUAGGAGACAUGUUGGCCUGGAUACACACUGCAGCAGUGAGUGAACGCGAAGCACUCGAGGUCUUGUUUGUUGCGGAAGGCGAAGAACUUGCCACGGGGCUGAAGACCGGCAAGGACGCUGAGAUUUGGCGCCUCGUGGCGGAUGAUGACUUUGGGGGCGAUUUCGAUGCCAUCAAAGCUCUGAAUGAGCUCGUCGAUAAAGACAUGUUUGGAACGGUGAGACUGCUUCGCCAGCGUGUCGAACAAGUGAUCCAGACGACUGAAGAGACGAUACUGGUUUACAAACUGGCCACGCUUCUCAAUUUUUACAGCAUUACCUUUGAUAAGCUUCUAGGACCUUCAUCGAACCUACGGCAAUGCCUUCAGAACCUCGAGGAUGAGGCGCUACGGCAAUUUCGGUCACUUAUCAAGGACAGCAUCGCUUCUGUACAUGGCCAUUCUCAGCAUGUUCCCGCGGACCUGGCACCGCCGAUCUUCCUCCAAGAUGCCUUGGACCAGCUGAGGGCCAUCCUGCAAACACGCGACUCGUCGCUUUCAAUGAAUGAGAAUGGUGAAAUGGAGUUUGAGGGUGUCAUGGCAGAUGCCUUCGAACCAUUUCUCUCCGGGUGCGAGAACCUGGCGAGUUCGUUGACUCCGCUGAAGGCUUCCAUAUUCCUGAUGAACUGCAGUCUGGCUUCUGAGAAGUGUCUUUCAGGUUUCAAUUUCACAAAAAGACAUACGGAGCAGCUCCGCCUUCGAAUCCAGGUCGAGGCGACGAGCAUUGUACAAAACCAAUAUCAAUUCUUUUGCCAAGGGUCCGGCUUAGCGUCGCUGCUCAUCAGCGGAGAUGACGGCGUGGCCACGGUCAGAUCGGACAUGGACCAGAACAUGCUCAGUAGAGCAAGCCAACAGCUGGACGAGUUCUUGCCUGCUGCUUUGAUGGACGCCCUUGAUAGGAUCAAAUGCAUACGAGACGUGGAGCUGACGCGUCGAAUCACGGACGAAGCUGCAGGCUUGUUCUUUGAGGACUUCAAGAAGUUGGAGGAGGAAAUCGAGAGGAGAGACUUGGAAGCUGACGCUGACAAGAAGGGAGCGUGGCGCGCCGUGUUCCCACGGACGUCUACAGACAUCCGCGUCCUCCUGUCUUGA